GUUCUAGUAUGGUAGUACAGUACUGACCUCUUCUACUUUACUUUGCCUACUUAUAGUUCACUUUUGAAGAUGAAGGCAUUUCAGGUCCUGUUUGUUGUUCUCCUUACUGCUGCUGCAGCUGAGGGUCAGUCUUUCCACCGAGGUCGCUGCCCACAGCCGUCUGUCCAAGAGAACUUCGAUGUUACACAGUACAUGGGUACCUGGUAUGAAAUAGAGAAGCUCCCGGCCGUGUUUGAAAGAGGAAAGUGUAACCAAGCUACGUACAGUCUUCUUGAUGAUGGGACAGUCAAGGUUCACAAUGCAGAGCUGCUAUCUAACGGGAAGAUAAAUUCAAUUGAAGGUGUUGCUCAAGUCAAGAACUCCUCUCAGCCGGCUAUACUGGACGUCAGUUUCUUCAAAGGUGUUCCAGAUUCUCCAUACUGGGUUCUUUCCACAGACUACCACUCCUACGCUCUGGUGUACUCUUGUUCGGACUACUUUGGCCUCUUUCACAUCGACUUCGCCUGGAUCCUGGCACGCACACGGGUGUUGACGGAGGAUAUGGUCCGUCAGUCGCAUGAAAAGCUGGUUGCAGCUGGUGUAAAUGUUAAGCGCCUCACAGUCAGCGACCAGACAGGAUGUGAUGUCAUGAGCUGAGUUGUAGAGUAAAACACAUAUUCUUUGCCUUAACAGUAAUCUGCAUUAGACGUUCCUUUUUUAAAGUUUCCCACUUAUCAAGGACUCCGGGACUUUUUGAAGCCUUAAACAAUGAGAGGGGUCAUGGAUGUCAGACCCCCGCCGUGGACCACCAUGACACCACAACUGUCAGGACAGAAGGCACGUUAUUUGCAAGUAAAACGUUUUAGAGGUUUUCUUUAAAAAUGAAACUUUAUUCAUAAACAGUCUGGCUGUUACAGUGCCAUGAAAAGUAUUCACCCCCUUUCUAAUUACUGACUUAUUUGCAUAUUUAUCACACUUAUAUGUU